AUGACGGCCGAAGUGCUGACCGACGAGCGCAAGCGCAUCUUGCAGACCCGUCGCACCGUGCGCAAAGCAAAGAAGACUAAAGCCAAGCAUGCGAAGCUUGCAAAGCAGCAGGCGAGACGCGAGAAGAAAGCCGAGAUCGUGGCCAGGGUGCGCGCCAAGCGCGAGGAGGCGCAGAACGCCGCCGGCCAAGCCAAUGAGAGCGGCUGUUGGCUCUGCGGCGAGACGACGCACCGCAAGCAGAGCUGUCCCAAUCGAGCUGCUGGAGACCUCAAUCGGACGUGCUUUCAGUGCCGCCGACGCGGCCACACGGCGCACAAUUGUCCGCAGAAGAGCGCUGGCAUUGGCAGUGGGGAUCAUGGUUUAACUAGUAUCUCCCAGCAGCAACAGGCAGCCGUGUGUUUCAACUGCGGUGCUACCGAUCAUGCACUACGCAACUGCUCCAAGCCUAUGGAGAAUGGCGGGGCCGCUUUUGCCACGUGCUUUGUGUGCGGUCAGCAAGGCCAUCUCAGCAGCAAGUGCCCAAAGAAUACCAUGGGCGUGUACCCAAAAGGAGGCUGCUGCAAACUGUGCAAGAGCGUCGACCAUCUUGUGCGCGACUGUCCAGUUGGCACCAUCUCUGCCACUGGCAGCACGCAGCUGAAAAAGAACAAGAAAAUCACGUUUACAGAUGACGAUGUGGACGUUAUGGCUCGAGAUGGGUCCGACGCGACGGGCGAUGCGCUCGACUCGUGUCGACCUGAAGGCAUGGAAGGAGACGACGACGAUGACGACGACAAUGACGACAAGAAGCGCGGUGUACACCGGCCGAGCUCGAGUGGAAACAAUCCCAAGCGAGUCAAAUUCUAG